AUGAAUUUAUAUGUACUUAAGAUUUCUAGAACCGUUGGUCUUGUACCAGAUCGAGCAGGGCAUGUAGCAGUUACGAUUGAAAAUCAAAUCGUUUUUAUGGGAGGCUCUCGCCUUAUCCCACCUGCAAAUCCAAUUAGGAGUCCAAUAAGAGUAUAUAACUUAUCGGAUGAAGUUUUUUAUUUAAAUCUUUCAUCACAAUUCUCUACUAGUAGCCCUCCAUAUAUAGACCUUUCUAAUACUUCUGCACGAAUGAAAUUUGGAAAUGAGAAAGGUACUGCAGUACUUGGAGAAGCUAGUGGAAAUAAAGUGUAUCUCAUUGGAGGUGUACAGCAAAAUCUCACACGACUUAAUGAAAUUGACAAUAAUAUAACCAUAACUUCGAAUCAAACAUUAAUGAUAGAAGAAAUAAAUAAAACAUACAACAUGACAGAUCAGUUCGUUUUCUUCUACCCACCAUUUGGAAAUUCUUGGUCGUAUCCUUUGGACCAAAAAGGAACACCGCCAGCUAGACGUAGAUCAACCUCAACAGUUAUUAAUCAAAAAGGAAUAAUAUAUAUAUUUGGAGGAAGAGUUCAAGUAGACACAGGGUCACCUACAUUCAUUUGCUAUAAUGAUUUAUAUACAUUUGAUACAGUAUUGUUAUCCUGGAAUAAGAUUAACGCAGCCAAUGUUCCUUCACCUCGAAGUCAUGUCGCUCCAAUAUUGCUUCCAAGUGGUAAGAUUCUAUACAUUGGUGGUGUCUCUCAAACUGAACCUGGAAUGGAUGCAGACUUAAUAGAUAUGAAUGAGUAUGCAAAUCAGUCAAUUCGUAUUCAACCUCGAUUAGGACAUACAGCAACCUUAACACCAGACAAUAAUGAAAUUAUUAUAAUAGGCGGAAAUUCAAAUUAUCAAUACAACUUUACAACCAUCUUCCCAAUUUUUGUGUCGUUAAAUAUCGCAAAAGAACCUUACGAAUAUUCUGAGCUAGUUACUUCUGGUGAUAAACCACCUCCAAUAGCAUUUCACACUGCUAAUUUAUAUCAAAAUUAUCUUUUCAUUGGUUUUGAUAUUCAAUGCAAAACAUGGGUAACUACUUUUAUACCUGGUAAAUCAAUCUGUAGCAAUGAAUUGAGUAACGGAUCGAGUAUUGGAUCAAGCAGCGGAUCGAGUAGUGGAUCUAGUAGUGGAUCGAACAUUAAUACUGUUAUUGUUGGUGUCAUUGUCGGUGGGGCUAUUCUGAUUGUUUUCAUCAUUGUUUUAGCUUAUAAACUUAGAAAUCGUAAUACCCGCUUUAAUGGAAAUAACCCAAACACAGUGAGACCUAUAACACCUGAAUGA